AUGAAGCGCACUUCGCCCGCCCUAUCAAUCCAGGCUGUCUCGACCCUCGCCUCCGCGCGGUCACCAUCGUCCGUGCCCGCCGUCCAGCACCCUCGCGAUCCCCUCCCACCCCGUACCUGCCGCCCGUCGCAUCUCGUCCGACAUCCCAUCCGCUCUAGGUCCCACGCUACUUCAGACGAGCGCGCCCCGACGGGAUCGCCCGCGAUCUCAGCCGCAGGACUCGCCGCUCUCAGCUCUCGUCACAGGCCCCCACGCUCUCACCCGGUCUGCCUCGUUCACUCCCUCUUUCGUCACUACCCCGUCUCUCCCCCACCAUCAUCCUCCUCUCUCGUCCGAAGGCCUCUCCGCUUUCCCGCUCGCUCGGACCACUCUUUCCGUCAACAGUCCGCCGCUCCCUCCCUCAUUGCUCCCUCCCGAUCUCCCCCAGCGUCUCCCUCGGACUACCUACCGCGCGCGCACCACGACCGCUUCACUCGCUCACCGUCGCGGCGCCUUCUCCGCCUGCCCUUUCCUUCGCAUCGUCCCGCCUAUACAAGCCGCAGUCCUCCUCCGUCUCAUUCUUCGCAGCGCCCCUCUAUAAGCUACCCGCCUUCGGCAUCCCACCCCCCUAGUCUCGCCGCAAAUCCGCGCACUCCACAUGCCACUUCGUGCUCGCGCUCCAAAGUAUCUCAAGUCCACGCCUCCCUGUUCCGCUGCUCGCGACCUCCCCCCGCCCGAUUCGUACCAGUCACCUCCCUCCGUCCUCGCCCCCCUAAGUUCCCCUACGAACUCUUCCUUUCUCAAUCUCCCCCUACCGCUAGCUCACCUCCAAUCCUCUCGCCUCCCCGCCCGUCGGGUCCGCCCCCACCCGCAUCCCAUCACUAUCAGCCCACCACGCCCCGUGCUCACGCGCUGGCCUCCGUGCGCCUCAUCCUCUCUCAUUCCACAUUCACUCUCGUCCAUCAGCCGGAAACGACGUCUUCUCGCGCCGGAUCAGACACCGCUGCCAAAACCCCCGAAACAAACCAUCCUCCCUCCCCUUUCGCGCCAACCAGCUUAAGGCCGCCGUGGUCUCCCUUAGACCCCUCUCGAUCCCGCCCCUAUCGACCCGACAACCACCCAGCCCAUAACUUCGCCCCGUUGCUCCGAUGCUCCCCACCCGCCACUCCGGUCAGCUCCAUCACAGUAGCGCCACCGCCACCGGUUCCCUCGUUCCUUCAGUCUGCGACUCUCACGCAUCAGCCCUCACGCCCCGCCUCGCCAGUCCCCCUCUCUCUCACCACGUCCUCUCCAUCGACAACCCGAUAUUUCCCAGGCUUCGCACAGCCUCUCUCGCCCCUCGUCCUGCCUUCUUCUCAUAGAUCCAUCUUCACCUCACUCCUCUCCCAAAAUCGUUCUCUCUCAGCCAAGAUCUUCUCCUCGUGCUCAGUCGGCUCCCAAAAUCCAAGUCGCUCGCGGUCCAGAUGCGCCGAGCGCUUUGCUCGCUCUCAGCACGGUCGCAUCGCGCCAAUCACCUCCCUGCCCCCCGUGUCACCAGGGCGCUCGCGCUCCCCACCCCUCGACUCUGCCCCAUCGUUUGUCGAACCUGGAGACACCAUUAUGGAUAAUGUAGCGAACAGCCGGGUUGUCAUCCCCUGCCCUGCACAAGGUUUGCCUCCCCCCAGGAUCCGCUGGUUCAAGAACGGACUGGAGAUCCUCCCUGAACUCUCUGAGUUUUCUGUGGCAAGGGACGGCUCUCUGAUAAUUAGCACAUCGUCUGCCAGCCACAGCGGGGACUUCAAAUGUGUUGCAACAAAUGAAGCAGGCUCUGUGGAGAGAAAGACCAGACUGAAAGUGAAUGUUCCCCCAGAAAUUCCAGAUGAUGGGCAGGCACUGAACCUCACCGUCACCCUGAGACAGCCCCUGACUUUAGGUUGUGAUGCGUUUGGCAUCCCCUCUCCAGUGAUUACAUGGUCCAAAGAUGGUCGCCCUAUGGACAGUCCUGGAGUGUUCAUACAAAAUGGAAACAGACUCCUACGAAUCUUCAGAGUUCAACCUGAACAUGCCGGGCGUUUCCAGUGUUCAGCUAAGAACUCUGCUGGAGAAGCUCAGAGAGAGUAUAAUAUAGUGGUUCAAGCGCCCCCAGAGAUCUCCGGAACGUCCAAGCUGCAGGAGCUGUCCGUUGUCCUGGGACAGGAGGUGGAGUUUCAGUGCAGAGUCAGCGGCCGACCGGCUCCUAAAGUUGAAUGGAGUCGUGAUGGAGAAGUGCUAUCCCCUGAUGGUGAUCCUCAUGUGGAGUUUCUGGAGAAUGGUCAGGUUCUAAAGGUCAAGUCUGUCCGUCUGAGGGACCAGGGGCUGUACCAAUGUUUGGCCAGAAACAACGCAGGGACACAGAUGCGUCAGUUCAGACUAACAGUCCAUGCCCCUCCGGCCUUUAAAGGGCCCAGUGAGAGCACAGACGUGUCCGUGGUGCUUGGUUUCUCCACAGUCCUACCCUGUGAUGUGGAGGGCUCUCCUCCGCCCACCAUCACCUGGCUCAAGGACAACCAGCCCAUUGUGUCCAGUCCUCAGCUCACAUACACUCGAGGAGGCCAGGCCCUGAGGCUGGGGUCAGCCACGGGAGAGAGCACUGGUCUAUACACCUGCAGAGCGUCCAACACAGCAGGGACAGCCACCAAACACUACUCCCUCAGUGUUCUGGUUCCACCACAGAUUGAAGGAUCCUCUUCCUUAUUUGGAGUCCAGGCAGAAAAAGUCAGAAUCAACGAGAGCUUAACGUUGUCUUGUUUGGCCAAAGGUUUCCCUGAUCCCAAGGUCCAGUGGUUCAAAGAUGGACAGUUGCUUUCAGGAAACAAUCAUGCUGGGAUUCAAGAGAAAGGCUAUGUCCUCCAUAUAGUGAAAGCUGUACUCUCUCAUGAGGGGCAAUACACGUGUGUAGUGACAAACUCAGCAGGAGAAGACAAGAGAGACUUCCAUGUCAUAAUUCAAGUCCCUCCAAUCUUCCAGCGAGUCAACAAUAGAGAGGCCUGGGGUUUCGGACAUGACGAGGAUGAAGUCAGCGACGAAAUGGUGGAAAAACGAGAGGUGGUGCUCGGUCAUACCAUUAGCCUGUCAUGUGAAAGUAACGCCAUACCCCCACCCAAACUCAGCUGGUAUAAAGACGGACAAAAACUCUCCUCUGCCGACGGAGUCCUGUUACUCCCAGGAGGACAAAUGCUACAAAUUGGGCGUGUGCAAAAGGAAGACGUUGGAAAGUACACUUGUGAAGCGGUGAACGAAGCAGGCAGAGAUCAGAUGCAUUUUGAACUUGAAGUCCUUGUGCCUCCAGUGAUCACCGCCACAGAAGAGUUUUUGGAGGAAGUAGGAGCAGUGGUCAACAGCACAGUCAUCCUCCACUGUGACGUAAGCGGACACCCCACUCCCUCUGUCACCUGGUUAAGAGAUGGGAACAUAGUGCACAGUGACCUGCAGCACCAUAUAAGUCAAGAUGGGACUCAACUCAAGCUCCUACAGGUUCAGGCUUCAGACAUGGCUGGAUAUUUGUGUGUAGCAGAAAAUAAGGUUGGAACUGUGGAGAAGCUUUUCAGUCUGACAGUUCAAGUUCCUCCCAGAAUCAUGGGUCCAACAGAAGAGGAUGUAAAUGUCAUUAAGGGCCAUAUGGUGUCAUUACUGUGUGAUGUUCAAGCUUACCCCACAGCAGAAAUUACCUGGACCCGAGACGGACAGGUCCUGAACUAUGGUAAUGGAUUUACCAUUCUCCCAGGUGGACAGAUGCUGCAGUUGUCUCAGGCCAAAGAAGAAGAUGCUGGACAGUAUGUGUGCACAGCCACUAACGCAGCAGGACAAGACCAGAAGAGUAUCCUGCUCAGUGUUUAUGUCCUACCCACUCUAAAGCCCCGCCCUGGUGGAGACUCUGUGACUCUCCAGGUUGACUCCUCUGUCACGCUACAGUGUGAGGCCCAUGGUGUACCCAGGCCUGAGAUUACAUGGUACAAAAAUGGGCUCCAGUUGGCACCUGGAAAUGGAUUAACAAUAAAAGAUCACCAACUGGAAAUCACAGAAGUCCAGGUAGCUGACAGUGGCACUUACACUUGCAAAGUUUCCAACGUGGCUGGACAGGUGGACAGGACUUUCAGAGUUGCUGUUCAUGUUCCUCCAGUCCUGGAUGGGCCUCUCUGGGAGUCCGUUAACUACACUCUGGGCUCUCAUAUUGCUCUCCUAUGUGAGGCUUCAGGAGACCCUGUGCCAAGCAUUUCAUGGCUCAAAGACGGAACUCCAAUUGAGAGCAGUUUGCAAUGGCAGUGGUCCAUUCGGGGGAACCGACUGGAGUUGGGACCACUCACUCUGUCGCAUGCAGGAACAUACACCUGUGUGGCCAAGAACAGUGAGGGACAGACUCAGAGAGACUUCAAACUCACAGUGCUUGUGUCUCCCACUAUUAUUGAUUCUCAGCACCCCUCUGAUGUGAGCGCACCUCUGGGACAGGAGCUCACUCUUGAAUGCAAAGCUAAUGGAAUCCCUCCUCCUCAAAUUAGCUGGCUCAAAGAUGGAGUGACAAUAGCAGGCUCAGACACACGUCAUAUACGUAUGAGCUUUGAUGGCAGCACAUUGACUUUGCUGAGGCUAAGUGCAGAAGACUCUGGGACAUACACCUGUGUGGCUGCUAGCCCAUCUGGUCGGGACAGCAAAAUCUACACUUUAUUUGUUCUAGUCCCACCAUCUAUUUCUGGUGAAACCACUGUGCCCAGAGAGGUACAAGCCACUCAGGACACUUCUGUGAGCCUGGAGUGCAGAGCAGAUGGAAACCCUCCUCCUCGAAUCAGUUGGCUCAAGAAUGGACGCCCUCUUCUUCUCUCUCCUCGCUCUCGUCUCCUCUCGGGUGAUUCAGUCCUCAGGAUUUCCCCAGUGCAUCUCUCUGAUUCAGGAGUGUAUACAUGCAUAGCCCGCAGUCGUGCAGGGCUGGCUGAGCUCAGCUAUGAUGUGCAAGUUCAAGUGCCCCCUGGUGUUGAGCAUGUGGAACCAGUGGAGCCUGUCACGGUUGUCCAAGGGUCUUUAGUGACAUUAACCUGUGAGGCUCGUGGGGUACCUCCUCCAACUCUCACCUGGUUUAAGGAUGGACAGCCUCUUUCCCUUCACCGGAACCUUCUGCUGGAUGGACAGGAGACCCGACUGCAGCUGCCUGACGUGGCUCCUUCAGAUGCAGGCCUUUACACUUGUGUGGCCAGUAACCAGGCGGGGAGCAGUACCAAGGGCUUUAAUCUCACCGUGCUUGAACCCCCUCAGAUCUCCAGCUCGAGCCCAGAGGAGCUGAUGUUGGCAGUGAACAGUGUCCUGGAGCUGGAAUGCUCCGCGGUGGGAAACCCACCCCCCACACUCAGCUGGCUUAAAGACGGAAACCCCCUGCAGAGAACUGACAUUAUUCAGGAGAAUGGACGCUUCAUCAGGAUAAGCAAAGUACAGCCUGAAGAUUCUGGCCUGUACACAUGUCUAGCAAGCAGCCUUGCAGGACAAGAUGGUAAAAACCACUGGGUUCGCAUCCAAGUCCCUCCAACGCUUGUUGGCUCUGGAGACAUAAGAACAAGAACUGUCCCAGUGAAAGGGCAUCUGACACUGGAGUGUUUGGUUGACAGCAACCCCCCUCCUAAAAUUGAGUGGUACAAGGAUGAUACCAAAAUGCAGUUAGGAGGACGAAUCCAAGGGCUGGCGGGAGGACAGUAUCUGGAGAUCCAGGAAGUCCAACUUGAAGACAGUGGCCACUACAGCUGUGUAGUGACCAACAUGGCAGGAAGCACCAGUUUAUUUUUUACUGUUGAGAUUUUAUUACCUCCGGUAAUAAAGGAGGGCGUCUCAGUAGUGACUGCACAUGUAGAUCAAGACGCCCUUCUAACAUGUGAAGUCCAAGGAGAUUCUACUCCCACUGUCAUGUGGAGAAAAGAUGGCUUUCCUCUCCCUCAGAACAACGCAAAGUUUACUCAGUCGCAAGGAUCCCUGCAUGUCCAUAAAGUCCAGAUAAGUGACUCUGGACGGUACUUCUGCACUGUAUCUAACCAGGCGGGAUCUGACCACAGAGGAAUAGAUUUAAAAGUUUUUGUUGGUCCAUCAAUCAGCCCUGGACCUUUUAAUGUAACGGCCACCACAGGAGUCAGAGCUGUGCUGAGCUGUGAGACCACUGGUAUACCACCCCCUAAGGUCACCUGGAAGAGAAAUGGUGCCCCACUGGAUGUCAGCCAGCAUCCUGACCAAUACCGGCUGCUCACUUCUGGUUCUUUGGUUAUCUUGUCUCCAACAAAUGGAGAUGAGGGAUACUUUGAAUGCACUGCUGUCAAUGAAGCAGGCGAGGAGAGACGAGUUAUUGAGGUCCUUCUUCAAGUCCCUCCAUCCAUUGAAGACGACACCACUGCGGUCACAGCAGUAAAACUAUCUCCUGUGGUGCUGCCUUGUAACGUACAAGGAAAGCCACUGCCCACAGUCACCUGGACUAAAGGUGGAUCCAAGCUAAGCACCAGAGGAGGGAGUCAUCGAAUUCUACCAACAGGCGUACUCGAGAUAAUGUCUGCUACACCAAGUCAUGCUGGCAGAUACACUUGCUCGGCUCGAAAUCCAGCUGGAGUGGCACACAAGCACAUGUCUCUCAUUGUCCAUGAACCCCCAGAAAUCAAGCCAAUGGCCGAAGAAGUGCAAGUGGUUCUGAAUCACGGGACAGUUCUGCCAUGUGAGGCUCAUGGCUUCCCCAGACCGACUAUCACAUGGCAAAGAGAGGGUGUACCCAUCUCAGCAGGUCAUAGGCUGGCAGUACUUUCCAAUGGAGCUCUGAAGUUCUCCCGUGUCACACUUGGUGAUGCAGGGACCUACCAGUGCCUGGCUAAGAAUGAAGCUGGUCUUGCUGUGGGCCGAACCAAACUAGUCCUUCAAGUUCCUCCGGUGCUAAGUGUGCCCCGUGUGGAGUACAGCGUGGUGCUAGGCCAGCCAAUUAGUCUGGAGUGUGUAGCUGACGGCCAACCUCAGCCAGAAGUCUCAUGGCAGAAAGAGAGGAGGCCUGUGGUGGAUGGGGCUCAUGUUCGUAUCUUUGCAAAUGGAACAUUAUCUAUUCCUUCGAGUCAGCGCAGUGAUGCUGGCCUCUACACCUGCACUGCCAAAAAUGUAGCCGGCAGAGCUAGCCAUGACAUUAGGCUGAUUAUUCAAGUGCCCCCAGUUAUUGCUCCUGCUCAAACAGAACUAACGGUUAUUCAAGAAUUUCAGGCGCUGCUGCCCUGUGCUGCCCAAGGUUCACCUGAGCCCAGAGUCUCAUGGGAAAAGGGCGGGACCAUUGUCCCCAUUCGUCCUGGAAAAUUCACUGUCCUUCGCUCUGGAGAGCUGAUUAUUGAGAGGGCAGAGCUCAGGGACGCUGGUGUGUUUACAUGUGUGGCUACUAAUGUGGCAGGUUCAGUGAGACAGGACAUUCGUUUGUCCAUCAAUAUGAGGCCGUCUUUUAAAGAGCUCCCAGGAGACAUGAGCCUGAACAAGGGCCAAAACCUGACUCUGUCUUGCCACGCUCAGGGCACCCCUGAACCUGUCAUCUCCUGGACUGUCAACAACAACCCCAUCACAGGUAGCGUAGACGAAGCAGGCAGGAGUUUGCUGUUUAUCAAAAAUGUGACAAUGAAAAAUGCUGGGACCUAUGUGUGCGUCGCAGAGAACACUGUGGGCUCCAUUCGAGCUCUCUCGUUUGUCCGCAUCAGGGAACCUCCAGUGCUUAAGGGUGAAGCACAAAUGACACAGACCGUGGUCCAGGGUAGCUCUGCUCUGCUGGACUGUCCUGUUCACGGAGACCCCAGCCCCGUCCUGCGGUGGAUGAGGGGCGCAUGGCCACUGCUUCGCUCCUUACGCAUGCAGACACUUCUCAAUGGAUCCUUGGUCAUUUACAGUGUCACUGCUGCAGAUGAAGGGGAGUACCAGUGUGUGGCUGAGAGUGAAGCUGGAACUGCUGAAAGAACUAUUUCUCUUAAAGUUCAGAUAAACGGAGGCUUCUCUAACUGGGAGGAGUGGGGUCCAUGCAGCAGCACAUGUGGACAAGGAUUUCAAGAACGAGUAAGACGAUGUAACAACCCAGAGCCUGUGAACGGAGGCCGGUCCUGCACUGGUUCCAGUAUCGACUCAAGGAAAUGCCAAGUUGGUCUGUGUCCAGGUGAGAGCCCUCGCAGGACCAGAGGGAGCCUGAUAGGGAUGGUAAAUGAGAGGGAGUUUGGUGUGUCCUUCCUGGAGGCAAACAUCACAGACCACGAGGAGGAUGAGAGCAGCAGAAUACAGGCUCGACUGGACAACAUCCCUCCUAAUAUCGGUCCGUUGCUGCGAGUGCUCGUUUCAGUGUUUGCUCCAAUCUACUGGUCCACAGUGUUAGAAAAUGCAGGAACGCAGAAUGGCUUCUCUUUCACUCAAGGACAAUUUAGACAGGAGUCUCAGCUGGAAUUUGACACCGGAGAGAUUCUCCGUUUGACCCAUGUUGCCAGAGGGAUUGAUCCUGAAGGCAUUUUAUUAAUUGACAUAGUAAUUAAUGGACACAUCCCUCCUUUGCUUUCAUCGCAUGUGAAUCUGCAGGAGUUUGAUGAGUCCUACGUGCAGACAGGCCAAGGGCAGCUGUAUUCAUGGUCGUCCCAAACUCACCAAAGGGGGGGAAAUCCCUUGGUCCUGCGCUGUAACCAUACAAUUAUUUAUGAAGGCCCCGAGGAGCGUCGAGGCCCUCUCCUCCAGCUGCUGAAAGUUUCUGAGCUCAAUAGUGUCUACAAUACCUUCACACUAACACUGGACUUUAGUAUGAAUGCCAAUCUCCUCAUACCAGAAGGAAACAUAGAAAGCUGUCCCAAAGGAUUUGUUGUUGACCAGGCGUCCUUCUGUGCUGAUGAAGAUGAAUGUGCCCUGCAGUCUCCGUGCUCACAUUCAUGUAACAAUAUCAUGGGAGGCUUCACCUGUGCAUGUCCCUCAGGAUUCACCAUCUCUACAGAGUCCAACACAUGUCAAGACAUUGAUGAGUGCGCUCAGGGCUCCCACAUGUGCCAUUUCAACCAGCAGUGCAUUAACACAGUGGGCACUUAUCGUUGCCAAGCUAAAUGUGGACCAGGAUUCAAGCCCAGCCUCACAGGGGCAAGCUGCGAAGAUGUCGACGAGUGCCUGGAGUCCGCCCUCUCUCCAUGCCAGCACCAGUGUGUGAAUACUCUCGGAUCAUAUCGCUGUGUUUGCCAUCCUGGGUAUCAGCAGUCAGGCCAUCGCUGCUUGGAUAUAAAUGAAUGCAUGAUGAACGUAUGCCCGGCUCACCAGCAGUGCCGAAACACAGAGGGCGGCUACCAGUGCUUUGACAGUUGUCCGUCUGGGAUGACCACAGGAGAGACUGGGGCCUGUGUAGAUAUUGACGAGUGUCAGGAUGGAAGCCACAUGUGUCGGUACACUCAGAUCUGUCAGAACACGAUCGGGGGAUACGGCUGUGUGUGUCCUCGAGGUUACAGGUCCCAGGGAGUGGGCCUGCCCUGUCUCGACAUUGAUGAAUGCAUUCAGACUCCAAACCCGUGUGCCUAUCGGUGCCGCAAUGUCCCUGGCAGCUUCCGGUGCUUAUGCCCACCUGGGACUGUCCUGCUGGGGGAUGGACGCUCCUGUGCAGGACUAGAGCGGGGACUCGCCUUCACCAAUGGAACCAGGGUGAGGGCCAGACUGAGACCGCAGCUGGUGUCCUCUGUGGGUCGCCCCAUUCUGUCCCGGUCAACAGGGGUGUCCCGCAUCACCAGGCAGAGCUGCCCGGCGGGACACACCUACAGAGACGGCACCUGUGUUGAUGUCGAUGAAUGUCUGAGAAAGCCGUGUCAGCACGACUGUCGUAACACCAUGGGCAGCUUCCAGUGUCUCUGUCCAGCGGGUUAUAAGCUCUUACCUAAUGGCAGAACUUGUAAAGACAUUGACGAGUGUUUGGAGCAGGGAAUUCAGUGUGAUCUCAAUCAGAUGUGCUUUAAUACCCGAGGAGGAUACCAGUGCUUGGACACACCCUGCCCAGCAGCCUACCGCAGAGGAGGGACCCCAGGGACGUGCUACAGGCCCUGCUCUCAGGACUGCUCCACAGAAGGCUCCCCUCAGCGCCUGCAGUACAAGCUCCUCACUCUUCCCUCCGGAAUACCGUCCAAUCACAACGUGGUGCGGUUAUCAGCCUUCUCCGAGGCCGGCAUCCUCCAGGACCGCACCUCCUUCACCAUCCUGGAGCAGGACACUGAGAGCGGCCACGUCAGCAGCAGGGUUUUUGGCAUCAGGGACGAAUCAGGAAGAGGAAUUAUUUUCACGCUGCGCUCUCUAGACAGGCCUGCAUUAGUGAGGCUCAAAGUUCAAGCCACAACCAUCUCACCGCAGGGACGCAUCAGCUACCAGAGCAUCUUCAUUAUCUACAUUUCCAUUUCUACGUACCCGUACUAA